GACGGGUCGGCCGGCCGGCUCGCCAGUUCCUCGCCCCGCCGCGCCCCGGGCACACACAGUGCGGAGAGCGGUCGCCAGCCGCCACCAGCCGGCACAGAGAGUCAUAGACACGCGCUGGACAUAAGUGAGCUGCUUCUCGCCCAAAUCAGCCGACAAACGGCGCAGUGAGGGCGACAUCUCGGACGAAGAGGGCGACCCGAACGGCGUCGGCCGGCACCGGCGGCAGACGGCGGAGACCUGGGGCUGCGCCGAUACCGACAACGAUAAACACAUCGACCCCGACACCGGCGCUCCGCGACCACUCGGAGAACAGGGGCCCACGCAGACAGUCGUCCGCGACCCGGCCAUGGACUUCAAUCCGUUCGGCAACGGUCACCACGGCACCAACGGCUCCGGCGCUGCCGACGGUGCCAAUGGCUCCAGCGACUCGCACACCUUCGGCGUGGAGGCCUUCGGCGCGAAGCUCGGCUUCGGCUCGGGCCAGGCCAGCGCCGAUCCCGACUCGCCGCUGAACCCGCAGGCCCCCGAGUUCACCCCGGGCCAGCUGAAGGCGUCCUUCGGCGGCGGUGACUCGGCCCACCUCGACCCGAGCGCGGCCGAGUUCGUGCCCUCGGGCGGCGCCGUGUUCGAGACAGAGGUGCCCGAGCAGUCGACUGGUGGCGGCCUGUUUAGCCAGCUCAGCGACGGACUGAACUCGGCCGCCGCUGGCCUGUCCUCGGCGGCCGGGUCAGCAGUCGACUCGUUCAACCAGUUCACCUCUGACGCCGGAGAGGGAGCGCAGACGGCGCUCGACUCGACCACCGAGCUGGCGCCGAGUGCUGCCGACAGAACGGCAGACGGUGUGGAGACGGCCUACGACAGCGCCGCCCAGCAGCUUCAGGGCGCGGCGGACCACGCAGCACAGGGAGUCGAGGCCGCCUUCGGCAAGACGGCCGAGGUAACCCAGGAUGCCUACGACAAGACAGGUGAAUUUGCUGAAGAUGCUUAUCAAAAGACGAGUGACUUUGCCGAGGACGCAUAUAAGAAGACGAGUGACUUUACCGAAGACGCAUUCAAUAAGACUGGUGAACUGGCCGAUGAUGCAUACCACAAAACGAGUGAAUCGACCGAAGACGCCUUCCACAAGACAAGUGACUUUGCUGAGCACGCUUUCGACAGCACCGCAGCUGUCACUAGCGACGCUCUCGGGAAAGUGUCUGAAACUGCGGACAACGCAUUCGACGCGACUGCUGAGUUCGCUCGGGGCGCAUACGACAGCGCCAAGACGGGCGCUGAGACUGCGUUUGACAGCACCACAGAGGCGGCUGAGACAGCGCUCGGUGCAGCGUCAGAGGGCACCAGCGCGGCCUACGAGCAGACCGCCGAGCUGGCUCAGAACGCGGCCAGCGGACUGGAGGAAGAAUAUGACCGAGCAGCACAGGGACUGAGCUCUACCCUGGAGAAAACGGCCGACGCUGCUGAUACGGGCUACAACCGAGCUGCGGAGUAUGGCGAGGAGGCCUUCGACACCAUGGCACGAGGCGCCGAUUCUGCGCUGGAACACGCCUCUCAGUUCGCACAGGAGGCGUUUGACGCACCGGCGCGGUCGGUGGGCGCUCCGUUUGACAUCGGUAUGACGGCCGAGGAGCUUGAUGCCGCCUACGGCAAGACCGAGGACGUGGUGGAGAAGGUGGAGAAGGACGUCGAAGGCGCCCUCGAGACGACGGCCGAGAAGGCCCAGGAGACCGCCGACGAGGCCGAAGCAGCGACUAGCGGCGUGCUGGGCUCUCUCGCCGAGACUGCGACGUCUGCGUACAACACGGCCGCCGAGAAGGCAUCGUCUGCGUUCGACACGGUUGCCGACACCACUGGCUCGGCGCUGGACGCUGCCGGCCAGGCUGCCACGUCGGCCUUCGACACGGCCGCCGAGACGGCGACCUCAGCCUACUCUACCGCCGCCGAGAGCGCCGGGUCCGCGUUCGAGGCGGUCAGCUCGGGAUUCGGCUCUGCCUUCGACACAGCCUCGUCCACUCUCGGAUCGGCGGUCGAGUUCGGCACCGACUCCGCCCAGACUGCCGUCGACAAGUCGGCUUCCUUCGCCGAUGAGGCUGCCGACGCUGCAGCUGACGCGACAGAGACCGUGGAACGGAAGGUCGAAUCUGCCGCCGCGUCAGCGACUGAAGCGUUUGACGUGGGUGCCGGCAAGGUGAGCGAGUAUGCCGAUGAAGCUGCCGAAGAGGUGCAGCAGCACGUGGACGAAGAGCCACUGGCCGAGCGUGCCGGCUCUUCGUUUGAGCCUGUCCAGGAGCGGCUCGGCAGUGCGCUGGAGGCGGCCGGCGACUUCGUCAGCUCGUCGUAUGACGCUGCCGCCGCCGAGCUCGGAUCGGCGACCGAAGUAGUCACCGGAGGCGUGCAGUCUGCCGUUGAGUCCGCCUUCGACACCGCGACUGCCGCCUACUCUGCCGUGGCUGAUGGGUUUGGAUCGGUGGCCACCUCAGCCGAGACAGAGCUGGAGAAGGCUGAUGACACCGUCACCAGCCAGGUGGAGACUGCUGUCGACAAGACCGCCGCAGCGCUUGACUCGGCCGCGGGACAGAUGGACGACACGCUGGACGCUACACUGGACGCCACAGUGGACGCUGACGCGACCUUGGAGUCGAGUGCGGUACUGGCCGGCGCUAACAUCGAUUCCGCAGUCGGUGGCGUCACGGCGGCGCUCGAUACGGCUGCCAGUGAGUCAGCGGCGGCGAUGGAGUCGGCAGCCGACCACGGACGCUCUGUGUUUGACACGGCCGCGGGCGACGCCGAGGACGCCUACCACAGUGUGACAAAGGAGGCUGCGGAAACGCUCGAGUCCGCUGCCGUCGCGGGCGAAACCCUGCUUGACUCAGCCGCAAGCAAGAUGGAGACCUGCUACGACGAGGCGGCCGGCGCCGCGGAGGACGCUGCCGAGGCGACGGAGCGGACGCUCGACUCGGCCGCCGCUGAGGCGGAGACGGUGACCACCGAGGCGGCUUCGACACUGGAGGCGGCCUACGACCAGGCGGCCGACGCCGGCGAACAGGUGUCGGGAAGCAUCCAGUCUGGAGUGGAUGCCGCCGUCGAGAACACCUCUUCCCUGCUGUCGGCUGGAGUCGACUACCUCUCAGGCGGACUGCAGUCGGCUUACGAUACCUCCGCUGAGGCCGUUCAGUCUGCCUACGACACCUCUGCCGAGACUACUAAAUCUGCUUACGAUACGUCAGCUGAGUUCGCUCAGUCAGCCUACGAUACAUCUGCUGAGACUGCCAAGUCUGCUUACGAUGCCUCCGCUGAGGCUAUCCAGUCUGGCUUCGACACCUCUGCCGAGACUGCUAAAUCUGCUUACGAUACGUCAGCUGAGUUCGCUCAGUCGGCCUACGAUACAUCUGCUGAGACUGCCAAGUCGGCUUACGAUGCCUCCGCUGAGGCUAUCCAGUCUGGCUUCGACACCUCUGCCGAGACCGCCAAAUCUGCUUACGAUACAUCAGCCGAGUUUGCCCAGUCGGCCUACGAUACAUCUGCUGAGACUGCCAAGUCGGCUUACGAUGCCUCCGCUGAGGCUGUCCAGUCUGGCUUCGAUACCUCUGCCGAGACUGCUAAAUCUGCUUACGACACUUCAGCCGAGUUCGCCCAGUCAGCCUUCGAUAAAUCAGCCGAGGCCGCCCACUCGGCGUACGAUACCGUGUCUGGUGGUGCGGAGACUGCCCAGCAGGAGACGCAGGCGCUCGUUGACGACCUGUCCGACCCGCUACAGGCGGUGCGUGAUAACGGCGAACAGUUCAGCAAGGUGAUCACCGACUCUGUAGAGUCUGUGUCGGGUAGCGUGCCGGACACAGAGGACGUGGACGUCGACCGAGAGCUGGAGGUCAAGGGAGAGUCUGUGAUGGAGCAGCUGAAGGACGGUCUGCAGUCGGCGGCCGACUCUGCCGCCGAGACGGCCACGUCCGCGGCCGACUUCUUGUCCCAGGGUAUCAGCUCUGCGUACGAGACGGCAGCAUCCGUCCUUCCUCUGUCCCAGGACACACAGGAGGACGAACAGCCCGAGCAGAAGUCUGACAAGAAGGCCGAGUCCGAUGACGACGAGGCAGAGAAGGAGGCAGAGAAGGUGAUCGAACAAGACACCGAGGAGCUGUCGCACGACAUCCAGCGCGCUGCUGACGAUAUCGAGAAGUUCGUCGAGCACGCCGCCGAGACGCUGCAGGACGACUCUGAGGAGGCACGCGAGGCCGUCCGACGGAUGGAGGAGGAGGAUGUCUCCUCCGUCACCCCGCUGUCACCCGCCGAAGAGCUCAGCUCUGUUGCCGAUGAUGUCACCGAUGAACUGAAGGAGACUGCUGCCGAGGCGGGCGAGCGGUUCGAACAAGAGGUGGCUGUGGAUGUACACAGCUCACCGGCGGCAGAGGAGCCGCCUGCCCAGCUUGGAGACUUGGUUCGGGAGAAGGUGGCGGCGGCAGUGGACGCUGCUGAAGAGGCUGCUGAAAAGGCUGCUGAAGCUGUUUCUCCGGCAGUGGAGAAGGCUGGUGAGCUGCUGGGGACGGCAGGAAGCCCGGCUGAAGGUGACGUGACUGAGGAGUUCGAGACGAUCGAGCAGAGCGAGGUGGAGGCAGUGCGCCGCGAGAUGGCUCAGGAGGAGGAAGAGGAGCCUCAGAUGGACCCGAUUGAGUCCAACGAGCUGCUGCAGGCCUCCUUCCACGAGGACAUGCAGACGUUCUCGCACCACAGCGCGGACAUCCUCAGCCCCGAGCAGGAGCAUUUCGAUGCCAUGGAGAGGGCGCUGGAGCAGGGAGACGAGGAGGUUGUCCCGGGAGGCUUUGUCUACCACACGCCCGUGCGCAAGCCCACUGAGCCACUGCUGCCAGAGAUGUCUGAGCCGGCUGUCCCGGCCUCCGAGCCGGAACCUCAGCCGACUCCGGAGCCCGCCGCUGAGCCUGAGAAGGAGCCUGUCGUCGAGCCGGAGCCGGUGGUUGAGUCGGCGCCUGAGCCAGUCGCUGAACCUGAGCCGACACCAGAGCCGACCCCAGAGCCCGAGCCAGCCCGUGAGGCCUCCCCAGUGCCGGAGCCCGAGGCUCCUGUCGAGGCGGCCGCAGUCGCUGCCGACCAGGAGUCGGCUCCCCCUGCUCCCAAGGAGCCGGAGCCGGAGCCCGCUGCGGAGGACUCGUCUUUGUUGGCCGCCGCCGGUACUGCUAUUGCCGCCGCCGGAGCCGCAGCCGUCGCCGCUGUCACCGGGGCUGCAAAGAAGGCCACCAAGCCAGACGCCAAGGCUGACAAGAAGGCGCCGACCGUCAAGAAGACCGGCAAAGAGCCACUGAAGAAAACUGUUGCUGGUAAGACCGACACCGGCAAGCCAACCGCCAAGCCUUCGACGACCACCACCGGAAGGCCGACCGCGGCGAAGACGACCACCAAGCCGGCCACGAAGACGACCACCUCUCGUCCCACCACGGCUCCGUCGAGCCGUCCGGCCACCGCAGCCACUACCGCCGCCAAGACGACCGCCGCGGCCCGCCCGCGCCCGGCCACAGCCACCACCAAGCCAUCCACCACCGCGUCUGCCAGGACCUCCCUGGGGGCGGCCAAGACGUCCACCACGCCCACUGCGCAUAAGACUACAGCGUCCACCACCAGCUCUGCCCGGCCGGCCUCGGCCAAGACGGCGGCUCGUACGCCCCUCAGUCACCGAACCACAUCGCCGACUAAGAGCGCCUCUGCCACCGCGCCGACUACUGGCACCACCAAGACGCCGACCAAGCCCAAGCCGACAACUACCAGCGCCCGCACCACACCGACCACGGCUCGCACCACCACCUCAGCGCGCACCACCCUUCUCAAGAAGACGCCCACCUCGCCGACCAAGAGCGCCGACGGCAAGACGGCUGACGCCAAGCCGGCGACCAAGCCGACCCGUCCGAGCACGCUGAGCACCCGGCCGGUCGCCAGUCGCACCUCGACCACCAAGUCGAGCUCCACCACCGGCAGCAGCACCAGCCGCACCGGCACCACUGCCGCGGGCCGCACCGGCACCACGGCCACCAGCCGAACGGGAACCAGCACCACUCGGCCCACGAACGGCACCAAGACGGCUAAGGAGGCGGUCAACAGCAAGAUCUCUGCUACGCUGAGCCACCGUCCGACGGCCGCCAGCAGCACCAAGACAGGAGGAGUCGGGUUCGGCACCAGAGUUCCCAGAGACGCGGUGAAAAAGGCUGCUCCUGGCACCACUGCCACUAAGACGUCCCCGCGGGCCCCGAUCAGCGGCAGCCGAACCAAGCCGGCUUCCAAGACCACGCCGGGCAAGGCGGCGCCCAUCAAGAAGGGGGCAUCCCCGAUCGUGGCCGAGACAGCAGCGCCGGUCGACAAUGGCGGCGGACUGGAGAAGUUCACCUCCGAGGAUGUGGUGAUAGAGGUGGCUGACAAGCUGGCCGGCGAGACCAACGGCCACCACACCGAGCUGGCCAGCUUAGGAAACGGAAACGGCAUCGAUCACCACGCGGAGGAGCUGUCGUAAAUCCCCGAAACGACACGGAGCAUGUGAUAGACUGGUGGCGGACGCGAGCGAUGAUCGCGUGACGGGAGUGUUCCGAGUGGUAGAGGUCGCCACGAGCGGCGACAGUAGCGUGCAGAGGUCGCCACGAGCGGCAGCGGCACCGGGCGAGGCCUGGCGAGCCGGGUGGCGCCCUCUGGGUGCCACCGGCCGCCCUGCAUUGUGAUAUAAGCACGCAACGAACUGAGGGACACGAGGCUUGAAGCGCUUACUUUUAGUUUAUUUUGGUAAUUUAUUGUGCGGCGAGCCCCAUUCGGGGCAGCCGAAGAGCGUCUGAGUGUGUCACCUAUAUGGAUGGGUGAGCGAGUGAGCAAACCGGCGCCAGAGCCACGAAUCCGCCGGCGGAUUGACGCCUGUCAUAUAGCGAGCGAUGGGGCGUGCCUGCCCUGUAUGCGCGGAGCUUAUCGUUCCUGCAUUCUUUACGAAUGGCGCCGCGGAGCGCCUCUCAGAUUAGACUGUAUUUUUAGAUUGUUGUCGAGUCUCGGUUCGGGGCGGGGGAGGGAUGUGAGGGAGGGGCGCUGCCGGUGGCCCGAGCAGGGUUGUCGGCACGUCCACCUUUCGGUCAGGUCAGGUCAGGUCAGUGUGCGGCUUCUGGCCGCUCGCUGCCCUUCCGUUCCGAGCUGCUUGGCCUGUUUUAUCCUGCGGCCGGUCGUGUUUGUGUUUCUGUCUGUCCGUCCGACCUGCCGAUCGGCGGGCGCGGACCCGCCGUCACACGGGGAGGGCUGCUCUGCAUAUACUUACUCUGACCGGCGCCGCACGUCGGCCAGCCCGCGCCAGACAUUCUCUGUGUGUUUUAUUAUGAUUAUUAUUGCAAGGCACAAUAAAUCUUCCUAGUUUUCUUCA